AUGCUUGGAAAGAAGCAAGGCAGUGAACAGCAACUGGAGAAGAAUGAUACGUCUCAUCUAACGCAUCAACUCCUACGAGGAAUCGUGACACGAGCCGGGCUCAUGCUGUUGCAACAACAAGGGAUAUCAGAUGAUGAUUAUAAAAAGAUCACAGAACCGAAAACGAAGAAAACCGUUGGCAUCAAAACGGAAGAAAAGGAAAACGACAAAAACUGGCCGAUGUCGCCGGUGUCCCCAAUGCCAAUUGAUGAGUUUCGGACCAUCAUACGUAACGCAACGGGAUCACCGUAUUCACCGAGAACAAAGGCAUGUAAAAUGACAGAGUUGCUCGGUGAGCCGCGGGGAGAAGUGCCGAAGCUAGAUUUCUCCUCACCGAAGCAGAAGAGAUUCAUGCUUCCGAAGAAUCCAGGACCGCCACGACGAUCAAUUCCGAAUCCGGUACCGAAGCCUCUGUUCACAUCGACACCGAGAAGCUCGUUGGGUGCGACAAGGAGAAUGCCGCCAACCACCAAGACUACAAUGAACACAUCACUGAUCGUCGGUGGAGAUAUGAUGACACCACACGAAAACCGUGCGAGUCGUCUCAGAAGACUGAAGAACGAGGAGACACGAAAAUCGUUUGGAGGCGGGGUGAACUCGACGCUCGACACAUCGUUGAACUCUUCUUUUAAGUGGUGA